ACUCUCCAACACUUCGGAGGUCGGGGUCAUACAGGUGACCUUGCUGAGGUGUCUAAUUCGUUGGUCACCUCAAAUUGGUGAAUCGAGGAUGGUAAAGGUUUUAUCCUUCCCAAUGAAGUCCUUUACCAUCAAGAUAGUUAUUCUGGUUUGUCUUCUUUUACUGGCUCUACAACUGAUAUUUUUUUAUUCCUCUAGCGUCGAUGUUGUUCAUAUAGUUGGUCGAUUAAGUAAUUCCGGGAUGAUAGAUAAUAGCGGUAAAUUUGGCCCACAUGAUCGUUCCAAAAAAUUCGGUGAUAUGGGUCGUCCAGUCGUAUUGCCUGCAUCUCUUCAAGCUGAAUCGAAGCGCACAUUUUAUAUCAAUGAAUUUAAUCUAGUUGCUAGUGAUUUAAUUGGUCUACAUCGGAAUUUAGACGAUUUUCGUCAUCCUAGUUGUCGACGUGAUAUUCCAUUAGAUAAAUUGAUUCCUUUCAAAACAAGUGUUAUUAUUGUAUUUCAUAAUGAAGCUUGGUCAGCUUUAUUACGUACUGUUCAUUCGGUUCUUGAUCGUACACCAGUACAAUUACUUCAUGAAAUUAUACUUGUCGAUGAUGCCAGUACUCAGUCUCAUUUAGGUAAUCAAUUAGAUAGUUACAUAAGCGCAUUGAAUAAACCUGUACGCGUUGAACGUCUAUCCAAUCGUAGUGGUUUAAUACGUGCCCGCUUAUAUGGUGCAAACAUUUCCACUGGUCAAACAUUGACAUUUUUAGAUGCACAUUGUGAAGUAACUGUUGGUUGGCUAGAAACUUUAUUAAGUCAUAUUGCAGAGAAUACAAAACGUAUAGUUUGCCCAAUUAUUGAUGUAAUCAGUCAUGAUACAUUUGAAUAUCUUCUUGGUUCCGAUCGUACAUGGGGUACAUUUGAUUGGCAUUUUACUUUUCACUGGGAAACUAUUGUCGAUAGAGAAAUAGAUCGUAUUCAUGAUAAUCAUAAUGUUCCAAUACGAACACCUACUAUGGCUGGUGGUUUAUUCACUAUAACUCGAGAAUAUUUUUAUCAGCUUGGUGCCUAUGAUGAAGGUAUGGAAAUAUGGGGUGGUGAAAAUAUUGAAUUAUCAUUUCGUGUUUGGCAAUGUGGCGGUGAGCUGUUAAUUGAUCCAUGUAGUCGUGUUGGACAUGUAUUUCGUAAAUCUUCACCCUAUACAUGGCCUGGUGGUGUUAGUCAUAUAUUAUAUAAAAAUUUUGUACGUACCGCUUUAGUUUGGUUAGAUCAGUAUAGUCGAUUUUAUUUUAUGCUAAAUCCAUCUGCCCUAUCAGUGGAUUAUGGUGAUAUUUCUGAGCGUAAAAAACUGCGUCAACAAUUAAAGUGUAAAAGUUUUCAAUGGUAUUUACAAAAUAUUUAUCCGGAAUCUUCAGUUCCAAUCGAUGUGAUAAGAUUAGGUGAAAUUCGUCAUAGAUUAACUGGACAUUGUAUUGAUUCUCUAGGUCAUAAAGUGGAUGAAACUGUCGGUGCUUCACAUUGUCAUGGACAAGGUGGUAAUCAAAUAUUUGCAAUCACUGAACUCGGUACAAUACGUGUUCAUGUAGGUUGUAUAGAUGGUGGAAGUAAUCGAAAUCUUGAAACUGGAGUAUUAGUUUUUAAAAAAUGUAAAAAGAAUAGUAUUGGUCAAAAAUUUGAAUUUAUCAAUAAUCAAAUAAUUCAUAAAGCAACAAAAUUGUGCCUUGUUAUUGUUUCCACUGGUAAAAGUGUACGACUUACAUUAAGAGUAUGCUCUGAUGCAAAGGAUACUUAUUGGACACUUCCACCAUUAUUUAAUGAUACAUCAGUUGUAUUAUAAUAAAAAAAAUAAAAAGAACGGCAAACAACAUUUCUUCUAAUCUACACUUCUACUCUACUCUACUCUACUCUACUCUCUCUUUUCAGAUGUGAUAUUUAUCAUACACUUAUGUGUGCGUGUACAGGUGUGUGUUUGUAAUCAUAAACUAUAAUUUUAUGCAAAAUUCUUUUUUUCUUGUCACUACUUGUACAUGAUACGUCUAUUUUGUUAAACAGGACUGACGACUGUGACUAUCUUCAAAUGAAUUAUUUAUAUGAUAAAAUUAUAAAAAAAAAACCAUAUGAUGGUUUGUUUUUAAUCCUUUCGUUUUUAUAUAUGAUUGAUUAUCAUGAAUUUGUUUGUUUCUUUUUUUGAUGAGCAGAAAAACAAACAAUCCAGGUGCUUUUCUUAAUUUAACUAAUUUUUUUGAAACAAAUGAUUGUUUUAUUCAGUAUAUAGAUAAAUGUGUUGUUGUAUAUGUGUGGUCCGUGUGAUGGGUGGUAUUUUGUGGGUUGAUCAUGCAUACUACUAAUAAUAAUAAGUAGUAAUGGAUUUUUUUAAAUUAUUUUAUUGUUCCAUUAGCUGAAUAAUCUAUACUAACUAUAUUUUUCUAAAAAACAAAAAACCAAAAACACACACACCUUUUCCUAAUAAUUAUUGACUUGCCUUUUGAGGAUGUUAUUUAUCUAUAUAGAAAAUUAUGUAAUUUACGAGUAAAUUAAUUAGGAUUGUUCAAUCAAAUGUCUUUUAUAUGUAUGUAUGUAUCGUUUCGAAACGAACUACACAAUCUAUCUAUUUAUCUAUUUAUCUAGGUAUAUAUAUAUGUGUGAAUUGGUGGUGCCUAAUUGUUUAUUUUGUAAAUGUUUCUUCUCUCUCUUUUUUUUUAUUUAUUUAUAAUCAAUCAGUGUAGAUAGUAAAGUUGUGUUUUUUUUGUUGUGUUGUUCUCAAUGCUCAAAAAAGAAGAAAUGUGUGUUUGUUUUUAAAUUUCUUGCCUGAUGUAAGUAAAUUCGAUCGAUUGAUUGAUU